UGGGAGAGGUUUCUGAAGCUGGUAGGCUGUGGGCAACGUGUCACCAGUGAUGUUUUUCUUUCUCUAGGGUUGACGUGCACAGAACAGAACUUUAUAACCAAGGCUGGUUUCCAGCAGGCUGCAGCUGAGCACGGCCUCAUCGUCGUCGCCCCAGACACCAGCCCACGUGGCUGCAAUAUUGAAGGAGAAGAUGAGAGCUGGGAUUUUGGCACUGGUGCUGGCUUCUAUGUGGAUGCCACUGAAGAUCCUUGGAAAACAAACUACAGGAUGUAUUCCUACGUAAAGGAUGAGCUGCCUAAACUGAUAAAUGCCAAUUUUCCAACUGACCCUGAAAGGAUGUCAGUUUUUGGGCAUUCCAUGGGAGGUCAUGGAGCUCUUAUUCUUGCUCUGAGGAACCCUGGGAAGUACAAAUCUGUAUCAGCAUUUGCUCCUAUCUGCAACCCUGUUCAGUGCCAGUGGGGGAAGAAAGCCCUUGGUGGAUAUUUGGGGUCAGAUGUCAGCAAGUGGAAGGCAUAUGAUGCCACAGAGCUCGUGAAGUCCUGCCCAGGCUCUCAGCUGGACAUCCUGAUCGACCAGGGCCAGGAUGACCAGUUCCUGUCUGCAGGGCAGCUGCUGCCCGAUAACCUCAUCGCCGCCUGCACCGAGCGCAAGGUCCCCGUGGUGUUCAGGCUGCAGCAGGGUUAUGAUCACAGCUACUUCUUCAUUGCUACGUUCAUUAAUGACCACAUCAAGCACCAUGCAAAAUACCUCAAUGCUUGACCCACC